GCCCAGGCGCCACGUGGGCGGCCCAGAAGGAUGGCGCUGCUGCCGGCUUCGAACGCCUCCUACGGGGAGCGGGCCUUCUGGGAGGCUCGGUACGCGGCGGCGGCGGCCGAGGAGGAAGGCAGGGCCCCGCCGCCGCCGGGCGAGUGGUUCGGGGGCCUGGAGCGCUUCGGGGGCCUGCUGAAGGCGGAGCUAAGGCCGGGGGACCGCCUCCUCGUCCUGGGCUGCGGGAACAGUGCUCUGAGUUAUGACCUCUUCCAACUUGGAUAUACAAACAUCACCAGCAUAGACUACUCAGAAGCAUGCAUCAGAAGCAUGAAAAAUCGUUAUGCCCACUGCCCAGGAUUGCACUGGGCAGUGAUGGAUGCCCGGGCCUUGGCUUUUACGGAUGAGAGUUUUGAUGUGGUCUUGGAGAAAGGCACUCUGGAUUCCAUGAUGGUGGGAGAAAGGGAUCCUUGGACUGUCUCUCAAGAAGCCAAGCUGCUCUUGGACCAAGUGUUAAUGGAGGUCAGCCGAGUCCUGCGGCCCGGUGGGCGCUUCAUCUCCAUCACUUUUGCUCAGCCCCAUUUCCGCAAGCGUCAUUACGCCCAGGCGGCCUAUGGAUGGUCCAUUCGACACGCUGUGUACGGUGACGGCUUUCACUACUUUUUCUAUGUCAUGGUGAAGGGUGAAGAACUGUCCCCGUCUGACCUGGCAUUGGGGCAGAGCCUCCACCUGCGUCCCAGAACUCCCAGCCCCAUCUGCUCCUUCCAAGACUCGGACAGCGAGAACUACCUCUCCGCCAUUGAGCUCUGAGCCUCCAGGAAGGAGGAAGCGUGGCGGACGGACCUCUGUGCCAAACCGCUUGUGGGACCACAUGCUACUAAUGUGCCAAUCUGCCAGCUAUAUCCACUGCCAAAAUAUCUCCAGGUCUCUUUAGCAUAUUUACUCUCGAUUUCUUGUUUUAAACAAUCUGAUGCCAUCUCCGCAGUUCGCAAGAGGCGCCAACUCCCUCCAGAGCAAGGUAGGGAUGCUUUAAUAUGCCAGCUUUUGUGGCAGAAAAGAACAUCUCUCCCUCCUGCUUUGGAAAUUUCCUGCUGCUUGCACCUCAGAGCUGUGAACCAAUUCAUGGAAAGAGAGCCAGGAGAAUCUCUGGGAUUGUUUUUAAUUCUGUCACGGUGCCAUGAUCUUUUUCCCAUUUGUAUCUGGGCAGUGCUAUGAUGUGCACUGCAGAUCCCCAGCAGGCUUUGGGACAGGACUCUCUCUGAAGAGGAAAAAUCCAGACUCUGACACUUGUCCUCUCUGCCAACUUUGGACUUGUAUCCUGCUCCUACUGACCUUUGAAAUAAAUGGCAGCUGGCAUUGCCAAUUUGCA